AUGAACAACUUUGGAGUGAUCGAGCUCGCCAGCGCCAAGACAAAAUCGGCUCCGGGCUGGGCCUAUGUCCCCGACAACACUAUCGCCAGCCGCUCGACGGCGCCUACCAACAGAAAGCGCGCCCGGAAUGCGCCCGGCCUAACCCUCAGCGAUUUGACGGCGCGCCAAGAUACGAAGAUACGAAAAGAGGUCGAGGCAUUGGACAAAGAUGGUGGAAGAGACAAUACUAUACCGUUGCCGGUCAAAAGUGGGAGAGCCCAAGGGAAGCAUACGCCCAAUGUUCGCAAGAUCUUGCAGUCGCAAAAGACCUUUGGCAAUCACCUCGACGACUUCCUCGCGAUGCAAGCACUAGCAGAAUCGAAUCCUGCCCUCUCUCGAUCCAACACGGCUGGCGCAAACAACAAGCGGUCCUCGGGUAGCAGGAGAGAUACUCCCACAUCGGCUCGUCAACCCGCGCAGGACGAAGACAUCACAAUGACCGACGUGAACCUCCCGCCUGUCCUCUCGGAAUCCUCAAAACCUCCCCCGACAUCACACGCAGGCGAUGACGACCCUCUGCUAAUGUCAUGCGUCCCCGAAAUGCCGUCCGACGAGGAGCUGCGCAAGCUUCUGUCUCACCCGCCUCUGACAUAUGGUGAAGCCACGGGCAAUUGGGAUCCGAAAUAUCCGACGAGGGUGUUUUGUUCAGUGUGCGGGUAUUGGGGACGUGUGAGGUGUAUGAAGUGCGGGACAAGAGUCUGCGCGCUGGACUGUCUGGAAGCGCAUAAGGAGGAAUGCGUUACACGGUAUGGGCUGUAA